AUGAUGAAUUUAUCAACUCAGCGCAAAAGCGGCCGGGAGGAUGAGGGCACCCCCUGCCCUGGCUCCAAGCGGGCCAAGAAUGAAAGCACCAAGGAAAAGGUGGAUAAUAAGCCCUCAGGUUCUACCAAGACCCGAGUUAGCAUUAAUCUUCCCAAGGUGUGGGCUGAUUUGGGUCCCGAGGAUAAAUACCUCUGGGACCUAAAGCAGGUCCUGCACAUGAAGUGGGUGGUUGUUGUUCCGGCAUGGAACAGCCGAUUCGGACUCUCCUUCCUGGAGAAGUCCUCGAGCUGCUGGAUAGACCGCCUCAAGCGGGUCUAUCGCGCUGCUCAGGAGGCUCUGGUCUGA